CAACAGCAACAGCAGCAACAACAACAGCAGCAGCAACAGCAGCAGCAACAACAACAGCAGCAACAACAACAGCAGCAACAACAACAACAGCAGCAAGAGGCGGCCGUCAUUGCCGGGUAGACCCCAGCGGGUGUUCCCAGAAACGGCGGUGACAUCACGCGGAACUCGGCCCCGGAGAUUCGCGCAGCUGAGCGACCUCCACUCGUUCGGGACAUCGCUCCAGCUGAAGCUGCUCGUCUCGACCGACGGACGUCUCGAGAUCGUCUCGAGAUCAUGCAGUCGAGCUACCCACAGGAGGGGCAGCAGCAGCAGGAGAAGCCGCCGCUGCCCUUGGACAGGGCGCUGGACACGCUGCACGACAGCGGCUGCGCGCUGCCCCUCUCCGCCCUCGCCUCCGCGCUGGGCUUCCCGGACUCGGCGCUGCUGGCGGCGCUGCGCUCCAAGCCCGAGUUGUUCGCCCUCGUGGAGGGCAGCGGCAGCAGCAGCAGCAGCCUGAGCGGGGGGCAGCAGCAGCAGCCUGAGCGGGGGAGUCUCGAUUGGAGGGUGCUGGCCGUGAGCGCGCUCCGCGUGUGCCCCCGGUACCGGGAGCGAACCGGCUGCCCGGACGGCGAGGGCUGCGCCAAGCUGCACGUGUGCCGCCGCUUCGUGCUGGGCUCCUGCAAGUUCGGGCCCGACUGCAAGUUCUCCCACGACUUUCGGGAUGGCCACAACCGUGAUCUCUGCUACAAAAGUGGGGUCGAGGCCUUGCCCUUUGACCCCAUGCAAACGCUGCUCCUCCAGAAUGACCCCACGCUCCUACCCCAGAUAUGCAAGACCUACAAGGUGUUGGACGCUGCGGGCGAGUGCAAGUACGGCAACAAGUGCGCCAGGCUGCACCUGUGCAGGCCGUUCGUCCUGGGAGUUUGUAAAUUCGGGGACAAGUGCCGACGCAACCACGGGCUGAGCGACGCGGGGCUGCGCCGGCUCCUGAAGCAGCACGGCGUGUGCGCGUGGCCCGACGCCGCGCUGCUCGGCCUGCUGCGCAGGAGGGAGCAGAUUCACGCGGCCGCGGGCGGCGGCGCGGACGCAGCGGACGACGGGGCGACGAUCGCGCCGCUCGGCUUCGCCGCCCGCGCCGCCGCCCGUGGACGGAAGGCCGGAGGAAGCGGCGGGGACGGCUGGCCAGCUGGCGCGGCAGGUCGCGACGGGGAGGGAGAGAUCUGCCUCUACCACCUCCUCUCCAAGUGCCACUACAAAGACCGCUGCCUCAAGAGCCACGCGGCGCUGCCGUACCGGUGGCAGGAGCGCUCCCACGGUGGCGGCGCGUGGCAGGACCUGCCCGGCACCGAGGCGAUGGAGCGGCACUACUGCGACCCCGCUAGCGUCAGCCACGAUUCGGUGGACUUCAUCCACAUGAAGUCGGUGCACGGCACGGUGAGGCGCCUCUCGACGGCCAACGCCGUCGCCAUGCCGGACAACUUCCUGCUGACCACGCGGUGGUCAUGGUACUGGCAAGAAUGCGUCGGCACGUGGAUCAAGUACGGAGACGAGGCCACAACCAAUGACAGGGCCAAGUCCAAUGUCUCUUCGCUCGACCUGGAGAAGGCCUACCACGAGGACAAGGAGGGCUCCUUCAAGUUCACUGCCGGGCGUUUCUCGUACCGCCUAGAUUUUAAAGACAUGACGCAGACCAAUCUGGAGGUGGGCACGAGGAGGUGCGUGAGGAGGAGGCCGCUGCUCGUGACGGCGCGGGAUGUGGAGGUGGCACGCGAGCGGCAUGCGAGCCUGAGCCGGACCGGCGUGGGCAGCGUUCCGGCUCACUGGGACCGCGCCUCUCUCUCCGACGUCGACAUCUCGCUUGUGGAGCUCGUGAACACGACGUCGGAGUACAAGGAGGUGGCGACCCUGUUCAAGAACACGCUAAGUCAGCCCUCGAUCAAUAUCCUCAACGUCAAGAGAGUCCAGAACCUGGAGUUGUGGGAUGCUUUCCAGAGGAAGCGCGAGUGGAUGCGCAAGAAGAACGAUGGCGUCGAGGUGGAGGAGCGGAAGCUGUUCCACGGCACGCGGCCUAAGCACGUGGUCCCCAUCUGCCAGCAGAACAUCGACUGGCGCUUGCGCGGAGCUCACGGAACGGCCUACGGCGAAGGGAGCUAUUUCGCACGCGACGCUUCCUACUCCCACACCUACUCCAAGGGCCGCAAGGGAACGGCCCCUGCCAGCGCGGCAAUGUUCCUGGCCCGCGUGCUGGUGGGCCGCUACACUUGCGGCAAAGCCGGCUACGUGCGGCCCCCCGCCAUCAAAGCUUCCCCUUCGACGUCGGCUGGGCAGCCGGCCCCGGAGGUUUUCUACGACAGCUGCGUGAACACCGAGAUCGAUCCCAGCAUCUUCGUGGUGUUUGAAAGAGACCAGAUCUAUCCGGAGUACGUCAUCGAGUACCAGUUUUAGGGUUAGAGGAGGAACCCAGCUGGAUGCGUCACGUUGAGGGGCCAAACGUCGCCAUGGAAGCGGAUAACCACCUUUGAACCAACGUUGGUCCAACGUAGGGGUAUAACUGGAAAACGUUGGGCCAACAUUGGCCCAAUGUAGGCGUAUAACUGGAAACUGUUGGACCAACAUUCCGUGUGUAUUGGGGGAAGGCUGCAUGUGCACCACGAGGCUGUGUUGACACGGGCCUGAGGAAACUGCUUUAAGGUCGUGAUCCACUUGGGCAAUUUCAGGCCAAUUAUUGGCGGCAAUAGUCACCGGCAGUGGUUGUCGCAUCAGCGUUUCCCACUGUAAAAGUUUAAUUUCCCCCCCCGCUCCCUCAAAAUGUGAAUAACUCCGAUUCAAGCUGCUCUCUAGUCAGCAACCGGAGCGGCAUCUCCCAAUCAGAUUGCAGACAGAGGUCACAUGACUGCCUGAUGAGUCACGCUGAAAAAAAUGGUGGCUUCCAUAUCCCGCAUGGGUGGGAUCGAGAUGGAUGGAUAAGAACUAGGACUAGACUUACCCCAUCUCUACCAACUAGUGACUAAUACUGGGCCUUGCCCCAUCUCUACCAACUAGUGACUAAUACUAGGCCUUACACCAUCUCUACCAACUAGUGACUAGUACUAGGCCUUACCUCAUCUCUACCAACUAGUGACUAGUACUAGGCCUUACCCCAUCUCUACCAACUAGUGACUAAUACUAGGCCUUACCCCAUCUCUACCAACUAGUGACUAAUACUAGGCCUUACCCCAUCUCUACCAACUAGUGACUAGUUCUAGGCCUUGCCCCAUCUCUACCAACUAGUGACUAAAACUAGGCCUUACCCCAUCUCUACCAACUAGUGACUAGUACUAGGGCUUACCCCAUCUAUAUCAACUAGUGACUAAUACUAGGCCUUACCCCAUCUCUACCAACUAGUGACUAAUACUAGGCCUUACCCCAUCUCUACCAACUAGUGACUAGUACUAGGCCUUACCCCAUCUCUAUCAACUAGUGACUAGUACUAGGCCUUACCCCAUCUCUAUCAACUAUUGACUAGUACUGGGCCUUACCCCAUCUCUAUCAACUAGUGACUAGUACUAGGCCUUACCCCAUCUCUAUCAACUAGUGACUAAUACUAGGCCUUACCCCAUCUCUUUCAACUAGUGACUAGUACUGGGCCUUACCCCAUCUCUACCAACUAGUGACUAAUACUAGGCCUUACCCCAUCUCUAUCAACUAGUGACUAAUACUAGGCCUUACACCAUCUCUAUCAACUGGUGACUAGUACUAGGCCUUACACCAUCUCUACCAACUAGUGACUAAUACUAGGCCUUACCCCAUCUCUAUCAACUAGUGACUAAUACUAGGCAUUACCCCAUCUUUACCAACUAGUGACUAAUACUAGGCCUUACCCCAUCUCUACCAACUAGUGACUAAUACUAGGCCUUACCCCAUCUUUACCAACUAGUGACUAGUACUAGGACUUACCCCAUCUCAAUCAACUAGUGACUAAUACUAGGCCUUACCCCAUCUCUACCAACUAGUGACUAGUACUAGGCCUUACCCCAUCUCUAUCACCUAGUGACUAGUGCUCGGCCUUACCCCAUAUCUAUCAACUAGUGACUAGUACUAGGCCUUACCCCAUCUAUAUCAACUAGUGACUAAUACUAGGCCUUACCCCAUCUCUAUCAACUAGUGACUAAUACUAGGCCUUACCCCAUCUCUAUCAACUAGUGACUAAUACUAGGCCUUACCCCAUCUCUAUCAACUAGUGACUAAUACUAGGCCUUACCCCAUCUCUAUCAACUAGUGACUAGGACUCGACUUACCCCAUCUCUACCAACUAGUGACUAGUACUAAGACUUACCCCAUCUCUAAGUAACUAGUGACUAAUACUAGGCCUUACACCAUCUCUACCAACUAGUGGCUAGUGCUAGGCCUUACCCCAUCUCUACCAACUAGUGACUAAUACUAGGCCUUACCCAUCUCUACCAACUAGUGACUAGUACUAGGAUUUACCCCAUCUAUAUCAACUAGUGACUAAUACUAGGCCUUACCCCAUCUCUACCAACUAGUGACUAAUACUAGGCCUUACCCCAUCUCUACCAACUAGUGACUAGUACUAGGCCUUACCCCAUCUCUAUCAACUAGUGACUAGUACUAGGCCUUAUCCCAUCUCUAUCAACUAUUGACUAGUACUGGGCCUUACCCCAUCUCUAUCAACUAGUGACUAGUACUAGGACUUACCCCAUCUCUAAGUAACUAGUGACUAGUACUAGGACUUACCCCAUCUCCAUCAACUAGUGACUAAUACUAUGCCUUACCCCAUCUCUAUCAAAAAGUGACUAAUACUAGGCCUUACCCCAUCUAUAUCAACUAGUGACUAAUACUAGGCCUUACACCAUCUCUAUCAACUGGUGACUAGUACUAGGCCUUACACCAUCUCUACCAACUAGUGACUAAUACUAGGCCUUACCCCAUCUCUAUCAACUAGUGACUAGUACUAGGCCUUACCCCAUCUCUACCAACUAGUGACUAGUACUAGGCCUUACCCCAUCUCUACCAACUAGUGACUAAUACUAGGCCUUACCCCAUCUCUACCAACUAGUGACUAAUACUAGGCCUUACCCCAUCUCUAUCAACUAGUGACUAGUACUAAGACUUACCCCAUCUCUACCAACUAG